GGAAAAGAUUUUGAGGAGGGUCAAAGUGUGGGGAAAGGGUUUUAGGAAAGGUCAAAGUGCAGAAAAAAGGGUUUUGGGAAGGGUCAAAGUGUAGGAAAAGGGAUUUAGGAAGGGUCAAAGUGGGAAAAUUGAUUUUAGGAAGGGUCAAAGUGCAGAAAAAUGGAUUUUAGGAAGGGUUAAAGUGUGGGGAAAGGAUUUUGGGAAGGGUCAAAGUGUAAGAAAAGGGAUUUUAGGAAAGGUCAAAGUGUUGGAAAAGGGAUUUAGGAAGGGUCAAAGUGGGAAAAUGGAUUUUAGCAAGGGUCAGAAUGAGAAAAAGGGUUUUAGUAAGGGUCAAAGUGCAGAAAAAGGGAGUUUGGGAAUGGUCAGACUGGGAAAAGGAAUUUUAGGAAUGGUUAAAGUGUGGGAAAAGGGAUUUUAGGAAGGACCAGAGUGCAAUAAAAGAGAUUUUUGGGCCGUUCUGAGGAUGUUCCAGGCAGGAGAAAAGAUUUCAUCCAUCCCAGGCUGGGAAAACCUCGGGAAUGGAGCAGCCCUGCCGCGCCCUUUUUAAUUUCAUUCAUCAUUCUCUGCCAUUAAAAUCAAAGAUUCAACCCCAGAGCUCCCAAAGCUGUGAUUUCCUCGGUGUUUGAUUGAUUUUAAAACUUCUGUUUUCCCUGGAUUUGACUUUUCCCACCCUGGAUAACAAUCCCAGCCCAUUUUUGGGGCUGUUUAUCCAAAUUAAAGGAGUUUCUCACCUCGCUGUGGAUCCCCCUGGAUCAGGGUUUGGUUUUUAAAUUUCUUUUUUAUUUCCAGGUGCCUUUUCCAUGGGUUGGGAGGCUGGAAUUUGACCUGGAGGGAACAGAUUCCUUUGGGAUCAGCCAGGAUCUGGAAACUGAGGAAAUCUGGGAAAUUUAUCCCAGGUUUAUCCCGAUCUGAGAGGAUUUGAGGGAUGCCCAAGAAAUUCCAGGGGGAGAACAGCAAGUCGGCGGCGGCGCGCGCCCGCAGGGCCGAGGCCAAGGCGGCGGCGGAGGCGCGGCGGCAGCAGGAGCUGGAGGAUGAGCUCUGGAAGGACGAGGACAAACACGUCCUGAGGAAGGAGCAGAGGAAGGAGGAGCGGGAGAAGCGGCGCCUGGAGCAGCUGGAGCGCCGCAAGGAGCUGCAGCGCCUGCUGGAGGAGGAGGAUUCCAAACUGAAGGGGAAGAGCCCCAAGCAGGGAAAUCCCGGGAAGGUGACGCGCGCCCAGAUCGAGGAGAACGUGCGCCGGGAACAGCAGCAGCAGCAGGACACAGCAGCAGAGAAGGACAAAUCCCACCUGGAGCUGCCCCUGGAGGAGAACCUGAACCGGCGGCUGCCCGAGGAGGGCGCGGUGGAGGCGCGGAGCAUCGAGGAGGCCAUCGCUGCCCUCAGCGUGUCGCAGCCCCUGGAGCGCCACCCCGAGCGCCGCCUCCGCGCCGCCUUCGCCGCCUUCGAGGAGCUGGCGCUGCCGCGGCUCAAGCGGGACAAUCCCAACAUGCGGCUGAGCCAGCUGCGGCAGCUGCUCAAGAAGGAGUGGAUGAAAUCCCCCGAGAACCCCAUGAACCAGCGGCACAAACCCUACAACAGCCACCAAUAGGACUCUGGGGGCACGGCCCGCUGUGGUUUUGGGGUUUUUUUUGGGGUUUUUUUGGGGGGUUUUGGGGUCGGACUGAUGGUGCCUGGGAGUGCAGCAGGGCCUGGAUGGGUCUUGGUGCUCCCUCCUUCCCUCCUUCCCUGCGGGUCUGGAGCUGGGAAAUGCUCCUGGAGUGUGGCCCCAAAAGAGAUUCCAGGCCUGGAUGUCCCUUGGGUGGUGCUGGUCUUGUGUUCUGUGGGGUGGGAGAACCCUGAGAUCCCUUUGGGACAUCCCUGAAAUCCCUUUGGGACAUCCCUGAAAUCCCUUUGGGACAUCCCUGAGAUCCCUUUGGGAUA